AUGUUCAAGAACAUCUGGAGAAGACCAGCAAUGCUGCCAGGCCUGCAGACAAGGAGGCAUGAUAGGGCUGAAGCAGAUUGCCCAUUCCCUGCUAAGAGUGGUGAAGAUCAGAUCAGGGAACAUAUUUCGAAUCAUGGAAAGCUGCAGUUUUCAUAUGCCUGCAUUAUUCUAACUUUUUACAAGAACCAGCAAUGCCCCUUUGGUGACCUGAGCAUGACUCACCCUUCAAUGCCUGAAAUAUCAAGGUUGAUCUACACUAAUGCAGGUAAUGCGAUCCUGGCAUUAGUAGCAAAUGGUGGCCUUCUACUUUGGAAAUGGUCGCAAAAUGAAACCAAUUCGAGUGGCAAGGUGACCACAAAGGUUGCCCCUCAACUAUGGCAACCAAGGGGUGGAUUACAAAUGACCAGUGACCUUACCUGCAGUAACUUUGAUGAGGUUUUGCCUUGCUUUGCUUUGUCCAAAAAUGAUUGUUACGUCAUUUCAGCCUCAGGGGCAGCGGUCUCUCUGUUCAACAUGAUGACACUUAAGAAAAUGAAAACUUUCAUGGCUCCACCACCUGCAGCAAGAUGUAUUGCUUUCUACCCCUCAGACAAUAACAUAAUUGCCGUUGGCAUGGAUGAUUCCACAAUUUUGAUAUUUAAUGUCCGUAUGGAUGAGGUUAAAAGUAUCCUAGAGGGUCACCACGACAGAAUAACUGGCCUUGCCUUCUCUAAUUUAGUGAAUGCACUUGUCUCGUGUGGGGCAGAUGCUGAGAUUGUUGUGUGGGAUUCCAUUUGCUGGGAAAAGAAGAAAAGCAGAAUGUUGGAUAUUUCCACCGAGUGGUUCCCAUCAAAACUAUCAGAGACCCAUGUCCAAUUCCACCAUGACCAAACACUAUUCCUUGUUGUACAUGAGACUCGGCUUGCAAUAUAUGAAGCAGAAAAACUACAACGUGUGAAUGAGUGGAUUGUUGGAGACUUUCGUGCACAGAUCUGCCAUGCAACAUUCUCAUGUGAUAGCCAGUUAAUAUUUGCCAGCUUCCUUGAUGGAACAGUUUUGGUAUUCAGUGCAUCAGAUCUCCACACGCGAUGUGAAAUUAAUCCCUCUGCUUACCUUCCAGCUGAUAUCAGUUUUAAUGCAUACCCGCUCGUGAUUGCUGCACAUCCAAAAGAGCCAAAUCAGUUUGCCUUGGGCCUCAUGGAUGGUGGGGUUGUUGUCAUUGAGCCUCUGGAAUCUGAAAGUAAAUGGUAUGCUGCCACAAGUUGA